AUGCCACCAACAGCCUGGCUCACAGACACCACCAGCAUCGACACUGCCAGCCAUCUCAAACAACUAGUCCAAACCAUGACCAACACAGUCAACGCCCGCAACUUCAACCCAGCCUUCUGGGAACCACUCAUCCACCCAUCCUACCAAGACAACAGCAAAACCUGGUUCACCGGCCUGCGAGGCCCAGAGCUCUUCACCGUAGCACUCCGAGAUUUCAUCACGGAGAAUCCUGACUUCAUAGUCCGCACAAUUGAUAUGACUGUUGAAGUUGAUGAGAAGAAAGGGACUGCGCAGGUGGCGCAGCAUACGCAGAUUUUGGGGAGCGAGACGGCGAGGCCGUCGAUUACGACUUGGCCGUUUAAGAGCAAUCGGGCGUUGGCGUGGCAGGCGAAGAGUAUGGUUAGUGUGUUUGGGGGGAUGCCGGUUAUGGAUGGGAUGUGGUAG